AUGAGCAGUGCUGCUCAGAGCCCGCCAGCCACGGUCCCGGGCGCCAGCUACGCCGCUGCCGCUGUCACUAUGGCCCAUUACAAAGCCGCCGACUCGAAGCGCGAGCAGUUCCGGAGGUAUUUGGAGAAGUCGGGGGUGCUGGACACGCUGACCAACGUAUUGGUAGCCUUAUAUGAAGAACCAGAGAAACCUAAUAGUGCUUUGGAUUUUUUAAAGCAUCACUUAGGAGCUGCUACCCCAGAAAAUCCAGAAAUAGAGCUGCUUCGCCUAGAAUUGGCAGAAAUGAAAGAGAAAUAUGAAGCUAUUUUAGAAGAAAAUAAAAAACUGAAAACAAAGCUUGCUCAGUAUGAACCACCUCAGGAGGAGAAGCGUGCUGAAUAGGAUUCUUCUCAGUUGAAAAGACACUGAAAAAUGGUUUUGUAUGACUUGAAUAGUUUGUAUAGUAUAUAAUCUUUUCUGAACAGAUGCUACAGAACUCUUUUAAUAUGUUAAAAAUCACCUAUCACACUUUAACUGUUAUAAACACAUAUACUUAGAAUCACCAAUAAAAACUCAAAUAACUUUCUUUGGGUCUUAAAAGCAGGAGAAUCCAAAGUGAAUCCUGAAAAAAUCUAAACACAGCCAUCUAAUUCAUUACCUUAAAAGACAUUCUGUUUAUUAGUCUGACUAGGAAUGAUGGUACUGGUUGUAUUUUAGCCAAGGAAGUUUAGCAGGGAGCUAUUCCUUGGUUUAGUUCAGGAUAUGAGCACAGGUACAGUCAUUCUUUAAAAUGAAGAUGACACUGUUGUUUAUAUUCUCUGUAGGCAGCUGGAGAGAUCUGUGUGACCUAAGAUGCUUUUGCACGGGUUCCCAUGAAUCUUCUGCUCUUGUUUAUAUAAUGCAGAACAAAUAACCCUUCUUUGCCACCACUUUGCCUUAGAUAACCGUGUGUGUGCCAGUUCGACUCUUGACACCACGUUUCCUUCUAUGCAAUCGUGCCCUGUCUGAUAAUGUUGCCUUGCUUUGCUCUGUGCUUCAGUGGGUCCUAGCUGCACACUGGCCUGUGUUUUCCAUUUGCUGUAAUAGCAGUCGCCCUGAUUGUAAUUUAUAUAACUUUAAACAGGAUCGCACUGUUCCCUUGCCUUACUUAUUUGCUUAGUUGAGUACAGAACAGAGGGAAUAUGAAAUUCUGGGUUCAUGCACAAGCUGGGAUGAGAAGGGGGAAUGAGCCAUAUACUGUGGAAAAUUAUAGUUUGCGGGUAUAAUUAUAUAGUGCUUUUUUCCCCUCAAAGUAUUUUUAUAGCCUUGAAUUCAUUUUAUCUUCAUUAUCCCUGUGAAGUAGGUAGGGCAAGUAUGAGGGGAGGCUGGGUGCUGAAUUUUUAGGCCAAAGACUGAUAUUAAUACAAAUUAUUUACUAACUGUAGAACCUUGGGCACAUCAGUUAACUGCUCUGAGAUUCACUUUCCUCAUCUGUUACAUGAGAAGAAUAAUAUCUGUGCUGCCUACCUCACAGGGUUGUUGUGAGGGUCAAAUGGAAUGUAUGUGAAAGAUGUGUAAAUGGUAAAGCACUAUAUUCUUG